AUGUAUAAUGUAACAAGAAAGAUGGAUAGCAAAGUGAUACAAGUGCUUAUAGUGGCACUCGCCGCACAUGUAAUUACUGCUAGAGUGAUGUGUCCAAGUCAUCCUAACUGCGUUUGUGGCGGCACGUUCGCUGUUGAACUGAAUUGUAAUAUUGAUGGGCGCACCGUGAAAAUAAAUCUACUUCCAAGUACAUAUAUAAAUAUAAAAUGUGAAAAUGCGACCACAUUAGAUUACAGCAAGCUACCAAAAUGUGCCAAUGAACCUAAUACUUUCAAAUCAGUCAGCUUUAAAGACUGUCCUUUACCUAAAUCCUCAUUCAAAGAUAUCCUCAAUCAUAUAGGGGUUUCGAAGACUAUGUCGUUAAUAUUUCAAAAUACUAAGAAUUUAUCAGGAUAUUUUAGUAGAAAACAGUUUAGUGGAUUGCAAUAUUUAACGAAGCUGUUGUUGUCGGUAAAUGGAAUCACUCACUUGCCAGAUAAUCUAUUUAUGGAUAUUAGUAAUUUAACAUGGUUGAACAUUCGUUGCAAUAACAUAAACUUGUCUGAAGAAUUGUUUAAGCCCCUUGAAAAGUUAGAAACCUUAGAAAUUAGUCAUAACCACAUGACAAAUAUGUCUUCGAAUAUUUUUUCACAUUUAUCUCUAUUACGGAAGUUAUCGUUAUGGCAAAGUAAUGUAACAUGGUUUUCAAAAGACUUCUUUACUGGCGUAGAUGUUCUUGAAGAAUUAGAUUUAAGUUCUAACGGACUCAACGAACUUCCAGCAUCAAUUUUUAAGCCAUUAAGAAAAUUAAAGAAACUUACGUUAUUUUCUAACAAGUUUUCGACGUUGCCCCAGAAUUUAUUCUCGACGAAUAGCAAAUUGGAAACUGUUAUAAUACUUAAUAACGAUGUAAAAAUGAAAGAGCUUCCAAGGAAUCUCUUUGGGAAUUUACUUAAUUUGAGACAAGUAUAUGUUCAAAGAAGCGGAAUAGAAAUUGUACCAUAUGAUACAUUUAACAACUCACCCCUCAUAACAAACAUAUCAUUAGCAUAUAAUGAUUUAGCAAUAAUUCCGGAGUCAACUUUUAAUGAUCAAAUCAAUUUGUUGGAACUUGAUCUAAGUCACAACAACCUAAGAAGCUUAGAAUCAAAAUUAUUCUCAUCAUUAGUACGUCUUGAAAAAUUAAAUUUAUGUUAUAACUCAAUCGAAGAAGUUUCUAGUUCUACAUUUUCUUCUCUACUGAGUUUAAUAGAUUUAAAUAUGGAACAUAAUAACUUGAAAACAAUAUCGUCAUACCUAUUUAGCAAUAAUAAGCAAAGGCUGUCGGUAUCUUUAGCGUAUAAUCGACUUGAUUUCGAAAACAAAGAACUAAAAAAUAAUUCUUGGACAGUAACACGAGUAUCUCCAUUUGCCCACACUUAUAAUCUUCAAAUGCUAAAUUUAAGUCAUAAUAAAUUUAAACUAUCUUAUGAGGAUUGGUGGAUCAAUGGUCAUGAAGUCCUAGAUGUGAGCUAUAAUUCUAUUCAACAACUUUGGGGUGAUAAAACAAUAAAAGGACACGUUUCAUCAAACUAUAAUGAAUUAGUUAAAAAACCAAUAAUAGAAGUUUGGAUGUCAAGUAACCCUUUGAACUGUAGAUGCAAUAACUUUAUGUUUAUUGAUUUCUUAAAGGAAAAUUUAAAAACAAAGGUCGUGGAUGACACUUUAAUUCAGUGUCCCAUUUGGACUAAGGAAUCAUGUUACCUGCGAUUUAUCAUAUUUAUUGCUCUGCUCACAGCGUCACUCUCACUAUCAAUGAUUACUAUAAUUUUAUACUUUGUAUACAAGAAACAAAUAAACUUGAUCAUAAAAAGGAAAUUCCAAUAUUUUUCUCAGCAAAACAGUAAUGUUGAACAGAAUAGAAAUAUUAUUGUGAAAUAUUUUGAAAACGAUGAGGAAUUUGUACUAAAAGAAAUUUUACCAGAACUAAAGGAACACAAAAAUUUUAAAGUGCAGACCAAACUUAUUAACAAAGCCGAUAGCAAAGAGAAUGUUAUUAAACACUUUAGGAGUGGCUGUAAAGAAAAUGACACUACUCUAGUUGUGUUUUCCCCAAACUACUUAACGUCAACUUACAGUCACGUAAAUAUCAAGAAAAUUCGAGGCGAAAUGUUGAAAACGAAAAACACAAUUUAUGUGUUCACCGAUAUUGGUCCCGAGAACUCGAUAUACGCUUUCUUAAAGGAGCAACGAGAUCAACGCACAACUAUAUUGUGGAGUGACCCAAAUUUCUGGAACGUCCUUAUUUCCAUGUUAUCAAAUAGGUCGUUGAAGAAGAAAGUACGAUUUUCAUCGGGUUACGAUAUACGAGGAAAAGUAAAUACGUCUAUGAGUUCAACCAAAACUAAAUUGGCAGCGAAUAAUUCAUUCACAAGUCUACCUGAUUGGCCGGACGUGUAUGCAUCCAGUACAUUUGCACAUAGUCAAGUU